GGACAGUAGCCAGUAAUACAGUCUAACCAAUUCAAAAUGUCAUAUUAUGAUAUUGACUCUAUCUUAACAGAUGCUCAGAAAUUGCCUUGCACAUUUGAACUCGAGGUGCCAGGGCUUGGCAUUCUAGAGGGCAAUCCAGGCGACAAUAUCAAAGCUGGUACUCGCAUCGACCUCCCACUAUGGCUGGGUGAAAUGCUCUCUAUCGGAGCUCGGCUGGGCACUUCUCGCUUAGUUACACUAGAUAUCCCUUCAGCAUUAUCAGAACGGGUUAUGAAUGCCUUAAAAGCCGACCCUCGGACCGUCGAUCUGCGGGCAUUAGCGCCACAUUUUUAUAGUCUGAGCGAGCGGGUUUUGGAGCUUUUUGAGGAAGAGGAGAUGGUUGAUGUUCUUAUUAAUACAUUCAAGAAGCGCGCUUCAGAAAUUGCUGACCAUGCCCACAAUCCAAAGGGUGCUCUUGGCGACGGCGUUGAGUUUCUGCGGGGGUUAGAUGAAACGGAAAGGCAGCUGUUUCGCGUGGCUCAUGAUAGUGCCAAGGAGACGCGGAUAUGGGCUGGGGAGGCUAAGAAGAGGUAAUUCGAGGGCGAAAGUAUUAACAUUCAAAUUUAUCAGACUGAGCUGUGCUCGUCAUAUGAGCUAUGUCUAUUGUUUUGCCAGUCAUGUGUUUAGGGUUAGCUAUGUUGGUGGAGUUAUAUGGAAUUAGCACUCGC